AUGAGAUUCACAAGACGUUCAUCUGAGCCCCACAACACUACACUCACCUCGACACUCAACUCUGGCUUCUAUUGUUACAGCUCAUCCUGCAGCCAACUUGGUAAGACAACGGCCCUUGAUAUGGCGGAGUCAUCGCGGCGACAUGUCUUGCCACGGCGCAUCUCGCCGUCGUCUGCCGCAGUCCUCGACGACGCAGCGCCCGUGCCCAUGGACGACCUUCUGCUCGGCCUGCUUCGCGCUCGCGAACCCGGUACAGGCCGAUGGCUAUUCGAAGAUGAAACAAUCAGGUCAUGGAUCGAUGGCACAAACGAUGUUCGCAACCUGUGGCUUCACGGACACGACGGCGCGGGCAAGGCGACGCUGGCCGCCACGCUGGCAGAGGAGAUGAUUCGGAGAGCGAAUGCAACGGCCGGUGCAGGUCAUGAACGAGGCGAUGCCGUCUGCUUUUACAUUUGUCGCGACGAAGGGGCCAGCAGCUUCGACUGGGAUGUCAGGACGACAUUGGUGCUGCAGCUGGCGUUGCAGAGCGAGGCUGCUUACCAGUCACUAAAGGCGGCUGUAGGGGACACGGAGCAUGCGAAGGCUCUGGAGGAGAAGUUGGUGUCGACGACCGUUAGGGAACUGGCGGACCUGCUCACAGGAAUGGCUCGGCACUUUGACAGCGUGUCCGUCUUUGUGGUGUCGCUCGACGGCCUCGAUAUGACCGCACGGCAGAGCGUCCUGUCUCUGCUGGUGACUGCGGGCGAUACCCCUGGCGUGCCGCUACGCGUGGCCGUCACUGGAGAAAACUUUUCCGAUACGGACGGGAGACCGCCCCAAGCGGGCCGUUUCCAUACGAUAUUUGCCACGGGCAGGUCCGAUGAUAUACAGACAUAUGUCCGUGCGGAACUCGCCAGAAGGACUGCCGCAGGAGCAACUUUCCUCGGGGACGAGGCAGUGAGGGAAGGGAUCGAGAGGUAUAUUGUCAACAUGAGUCACGGCGCGUAUGUUUCCCCUUCACCCCCGUUGAAGGGGCAUCAGCCACUGACAUUGUUUAGUUGGCUUUGGGCCGUGUGCGAACUGGAGGCGCAGUGCAAUCUUGCCAGGAUCGGGCGGUGGACGCCUCAAUCGGCAAGCGAUGCGCCGGCCGAUCCCCCAUCGCAGCGGGUAUACGGCCCUGACCCGGAGGAUGUGCGUCCUGCCAUCUUCCCAUAUGGGCCAUAUCUCGAGAGCGUCCUAGCCGAAGGGAACCCUCGCACGACGUUCAUCGUGAACCGCGUGCUCAAGUACAUUUUCGCUGGGGGACUCUGGCAACAAGCACGCCUCAGCAUCGGUGAACUAUGCGAGACGCUCACCUCGCUGCUCAAUCACCACCCCUCCAGCGCAUGGUACGCGGAGAACAACCUCCCUGCGCAUCGACAGCAUCCAGCCGUCACAGAGCAGGACAUACUGCGCAUCUGCGGCCCCUUUAUCCGCAGGACACAUGACGGCACGCGCUUCGACAUUGCGCACCCAUCCGUCAUCGGCUUCUUCCGCUUUCACAAUCCGCAUCUGCCCAACACGCGCGACUUUCUCCACGCCGACUCCCCCGCGAAGAUCAUGGGCCAGACGGUCGACGAGUUUGCCAAGGUGUGCGAGAUCCUCGAGGCGCGGGGGCUCUUCGACGCGGCGGAGGCGAUGCACCGGCGGGUUGUGCGCUGCGACGAGUCCGGCUGCGGGCCGGAGCACGUGUCGACCCUCGCGCGCGUGAAUAACCUGGCUUCGUUCCUGCUCGAUCGGGGCCGACUCGAUGAGGCGGAGGAACUGCUGCUGCGUGUGAAGAAGGGGUACGAGGCCAUGGACCCGCCGCCCGAGGCGACGCCCGACCGCGAUAGCAUGUACAAUACGUACAACAUGCUCGGGAUACUGCACAAGCGCCGCGGCGAGCCCAACCUGGCGGAGGGGUACUACCUCGCUGCGCUGCAUGGUCGGGAGGACCUCUACGGACGAAACAGCCUCGUUGCGGCCCGCACGGCCAAGAACCUGGGCCUACUAUACGUGACCAUGGGCCCCUCGCGCGCCCACGACGCAUGCUUAUCCUGGGAGCGACAAGUCUCCGACCUCGAAGCCCUCCUCGGCCCUGCCGACGAAGAAGUCGUCGCUGCGGUAUAUGAUCUCGCGUUGCUGUACAAGAACCAGGACCGGACGGGCGAGGCGGGCCCGCUGAUGGAGCGCGCGGCGGACGGGUACGCGACGCUGCGCGGGAGGGGCGACGAGCGCACGCUGGAGGCCAUGUUUCAGCUGGGGCAGCUGUGCGCGGUGCAUGGGGACUUGAGGGGGGGGGGAUGGGAGGACGGAGGAGGGGAGGGAGUUGCUGGGGAUGGUGCAGCGGGAUUUGUAUGGGUUGGGGAGGGAGGAGGCUUGACUGGCGGGUUGACUUCUGCGCUGAGAACGAGACGACGUCAACAUGAGGUCCUGAGCCCGACGCCUUGCUCAGCUGGUUAUGCACAGUUCGUCUCGCAACAGACGAACGGGGCAACAUCGACAUGUCGUUACGUCAACCCUGCAGCUCCUCACAUGCAGCCGGUCUCUGCACGGACAUCUCCAACCUCCACCGCCGGCCCUCGGAGCCGGGAUGCGACGCUGCAGAUUGAUACUUCGCCUCAGCUGUACGUCCCCCGCUGCUCGGGAUGUUUUCUCCGCUGUAGCCAUCAUCAACCCGCAUAUGCGGAGGCGAGCGUUCAUGGCGAAAGCGGAAUACGAGCGCGGCGAACGGCCCGUCCCGUGUGGCGCCCCAGACAUCAAUGUCUCCGACACCCCAACCGUUUGCUUGCGAGUCAUAUCACCGGCCGGGCCGGCAACCCGUGCAGGAACGCAUGUUUGCUUUACACUGGUGUUGAGUCGUUGAUCCACGCUAUUCCUCGAUCGGGGCACUGCAAGGCGGCCAACCAUGCAUUAUGCAUGAGCCUCAUUUGGCGAUUCAGCUGA